AUGUUAAAGAGAAGGUGUAUUACUGGCAUAAGAUUUUAAAAUUUGGUGCAAAUAAUGAUGAACAAAUUAAGUAUAAAGAUUUAUUUGAAAACGGAGAUAAAAUUAUUCAAACACUAUCAACAACUUCGCAGAAACACCCACAAGCUGUAUUUUCAAGUAGAUUGCUUGAAUAUCAAAAUCUUCCUAAGCCGAUUAACUCAAAUAAUUAUGGCAA